AUGUUCGCGGGUCCGGCAGGGCCGUCCGCCGUAGCGUUUCUCGGCGUCUUCCUCCUGCUGCGGGUGCUGGUUUCUGUCCGCGGAAGCACUGACGGCCCUGAUGGUAAUCCAUGAACCUGCUAGUCCUGUUUCUGAUGUCUCUCUUCUGAUCUACGUUCACGUGCACGCGUUUUUGUUCCCGCCAUCGGGAUAUGUUGAUGCAUUUGACGAUUUGCCUUUGGUAGAGUUCCAUGUUUCUUUCCCUCUCUAUAUAUGAAAUUCUUAGGACCUCUCGACUUCUUCCAACUUUCCAACCUGUUGGCUCUGUUGUUUAGUAUCUUCUCAGACGGUUUUUAGGUGAUGCAGCUGCGAUGAUGUGAAAGGAUUGGCGUCCCCUAGAGAGAAAACAGAGCACCGAGCCAGGAAUCCUCUGCUUCACCAGCUUGCGUACUCCUGAUAUUAUUAUUUGAGGUUCUUGUUUGCUGGACCAAAUCUGAAGUGGAGAAAUAUCAACCGUAUAUUAAUGUGACUACCCAUUAAUGGAGUGGAGAAAUUAUCAACCUGGUUACUUACAAAUUAGAUGGGGAAACCUGGUUACUUUUCUCGUAUCUCUUCCAAAUUCGUUGAACGCUUAACACUUUAAAGAGCAUUUACAAGGUCUAACGUGGGAGGAACGCCCAGGAAUUAAGUUCUUCAUAUCUUCCUCCUCUGAGCAAAGGGUACAUACGUGUUAAUAGCAUGCGAAUGAUGACAAGGGUGAUCACAAAUGGGAAGACUUUUGUGUGAGAUUCACCACUUCAAGGUCUUCACUUUUACAGGAGAUGUGGCCCUCAAAGCCGGGAUUUAUUGCUUUCAUAUAUGCCUAGUCUACCUUGUCCUAACAAAGCAAAUACAGCCGAAUGUAAAUCUGUUUACUUCAGACGAAAAAUUCCCACUGAUACCCCUUAUAAAUAUUUGUGAGGAGUAGAGAUGUCUCCUGAUAAUUUUUCCCCUGCAUGACUUUUAGUUUUUCAAGUCUCUGUUCCUUCAUGUUGCGUGCUGGUAAUGAACCUUCCUUCUCCGUCUGUGUUUCUGCUUCCGUUCGCACAUAUUUCUCAUUUAGUUUGUUUAUAUUUUUGCAGUUUCGGCCCUCAAUGUGAUGUACAAUAGCUUAAAUUCACCUUCAUCGCUUACUGGCUGGACUUCAAGUGGUGGGGAUCCUUGUGGUCAACGUUGGAAAGGCAUUAAGUGCUCCGGCCCAUCAGUCACAGAAAUGUAAAGCCUGUGUUAAUGAUACUGCUCUCAUAGGCUAUGUUAGUUUCCAUUGUCAUGUUGUUAAGGUAACAAUCACCCAGGGAUCCGAGUACACAGUGCAAAGCGAAAAGAACCCCAGAGGAUCGCUUCAUGAUUUCACAACCAAAAACUAUGUUAUGGGAACUAAGUUCAAAACAAUUUUUUUAUUUGGAAACUCUAGAACAGAGAUCGGAAGUUAAUUGCUUGAAAAAAAGAAAAGAAAAGGAAAGGCAGAAAAAACUCAUAACUUUUAUUAUGGCUGAUUUCAAGCUUUUGCAUCAGAUAACAUGAAAAUUAUCUAUUCACAUUGCCUUUUUCCCUUUUAUUUUUAUGAGAUACUUUUUUAUUUUUCUUCUAGGGCAUUCUCUUUGUCAUUUCCAACUGAGGUUUGGACAAAUAUGGGCAAAUAUUUUGAUGAAAUCUCAUUUCUCAUUCUUAUAUCUCAGAACCCUAGGGACUGAAUUUUCAUUUGUUUCAUCUAAUCUGAACAGCAAGCUGUCAGGUCUUGGACUGACGGGAUCAAUUGGUUAUCAGCUCUCGAGCUUGACCUCAGUGACACACUUGUUAGUUGUACAUUUUCCUGGCAUAUUUGUUGCUUGUUAUGUUUUCUACUCCAUAUAAGGGACUUCGUUGACUUCCUUUCCUUUCUGUACAGAGAUAUGAGCAUGAAUAAUCUUCGGGGCGACAUCCCAUACCAGCUUCCUCCAAAUGCACUUCACAUGUAGGUUACUUCUUUACUUUUUUCCUACUGUCCUUCGUGUCAGCCUUAUCCUCUUCUCUUAUUUCAUGCUUGAACUUUAAUUUAAUCAUCACGCACCUAUUAUUUUUGUCUUAUUUAUAUUCAGAGGAAGUUAACGUUGAGAACCUUUGUUUUAAUUAUUUUAACCUUUUUAGAAACCUUGCUCGGAAUAGUUUCACUGGAGGUGUGCCUUACUCAAUUUCACAGAUGACUGACCUCACAUAUUUGUAAGCACAAACAAUCUUUCUUUGACUGUCUAUGCUUACUUUUGCAUUAUCUUUCCAGUAAAAUGUUUUUGGUUUUGUGCUGAAAUGCAGAAAUCUUGCAAAUAACCAGCUAAGUGGUCAAUUGACAGACAUGUUUGGGAAGCUUCCUAGCCUUACUUUUUUGUAAGUAAAGACAAUGCGUCUAGUACGAUUGAUUCUUUCUAGUUUUUUUUCCAUUUAUCUUGUUCUUUAACUGAAAUUGUCAGAUGCCCAUUUAAUAAUAGUUAAUUCAAGUAUUGAGCUUUAAUCAUACCACAGAAUGUCAGAUGAUCAAAACUGCAUUGUUGGAUAAUGUUGAAUUCUUCGCCCAUCACAAGGCAUUCUGACUAAUCCCCGGGGAUUCCUGUCAUAAAGAAAAAUGACAAUCAAAGCUGAAUGAUGGUUCUACUCUGUAUUCCCACUGAAGAUAUUUCGAUGGAGAAGGAAUGUUGAAACAUGAUUUGCUUCUAUGGAUUCAAUGACCUUGUUCAAAGUGAAAAAGAGGAAUAUUCAUGAAUUCCCUUUCCACCGUUUGCUGCAUGGCUAUCUGCUACUUCUAAUCAUUUUAUCAUUCUGGUUUUGUAAUGUAAGAUUUAUUAUCCCUUAUGAGGCAAAAUAAAUCACACUCUGCAGUGUCAGAAUUUUCCGUAGUUAUACUUUAUAUUCGUUCCGUAGUUCAGAUCAGAUUGACAGGAAAGCAUGUGGGAGAGGUAGUUCACAGAGCACUUCACGGAACAAUUUUGUAGAAAGUGAUACGUAAACUCAUAAGUUAGCCUAUUGAUUUUGCUUAUUUAUGUGGCUUCCUCCUCCUUCCGAGUCUUAUGGGUAUCUUUAUGUAGCCUUUUCAUACAAUAUCAUCAUUUCAGUAUCUAAUUCUGACAAAUCUAUUUCCAAAUCAUGGAAACAGAAGCGCUUUUUUUUUCACUGAUAAGCUUGUAAUUUGACAUCAGGGAUCUCUCAUACAACCAAUUGACUGGUGAUCUGCCUCAGUCCUUUGGAUCCCUCUCUAGUAUCAAGACAUUGUGAGGAAAAGCGAGCUUUUAGUUUUCUUUUUUUCGGGUUCCUUUCCCUACAAUAACUGUGUCUUUGUCCAGGCAUUUGCAGAACAACCAAUUCACUGGAAAAAUUGAUGUCCUUGCAGCCUUGCCUCUUGAGAAUCUGUAAGUGUUACACAGGGAGCUCACAUCUACUGCGCUUCUCAACGUAGCGUUCUGUUUACCGCGGAUUACCUGAUUGGAUCACUAAGUUACUGUAAUAUUUGCAAAGAAAACUGCAUCUCUCUAGAAUUCUAAUAGGUUUCCUUGUUUUCUCUCUGCUCUUUACAAGGUGUUCUUAUGCCUUGUCCCUGUGAGCUGUGUUUUGUGGGCAUGAGAUAAAUAUAUUAUGAAUAAGAUUCUACAUUAACAAGGAUGAUUCACGGAUUUCAAAAUAACUAAUUUUCCGAAUUCUAUUUCAAAAGAUAUAUGCAUCUCUGUUUGACCAAAUUGGUAUACUAAUGUUAUGGCUUUCCCCUGGUGAUGCUUUAAUUUAAUAAACGCCUAUUUGGUCUCAGUCUUUAAGAAGCAUGAUAUUAUGCCAUUCCUCAACAAUCUUCGUUUUAUUCUUCGUUUAUAUGUUAUAUUGCCUGUUUAAAUCUUCUAUUUUAUUCUUAAUGUGUAAACGCUUUUUAAGUGCGUACAUUUUCACUCUAGUAUUUGCAAUCUUCGUUUAUCUUCCAGAAACGUUCAAAACAACCACUUCACUGGUUGGGUUCCAGAUGAAUUGAAAGGCAUAGAUAAUCUCCAGUAAGUGCAUGUAUAGUUGGAUUGUUUCGUUUAGUUUCCUUGAAAGAUAUCCUUUUGAGUAACGUAAAAAUGGUCUUCUGUAAGGACUCAAGGAAAUUCUUGGUCAUCUGGGCCUGCUCCUCCUCGGUCUACGCCCCGAGGUGCCAAUCAUCGAGGAGACAGCUCAGGUAGUGAGGAUAAUUCAUCCAAAGAAGGCAAUGGAACAAACUCUGGUGUGAAUGGAGCUAUAGCUGGGAUAGUGAUAUUUGUGUUCAUCCUGGGAUUGGUUUUAUUAGUACUAGCUAAACGAAGAAGAUCAUCAUCGCAUUACAUCGAUGAGGAGAAUCUUGGCCCGGCAAGACCAUUCACAUACCUAGAUUCGAAUAAUUUUAAAGGUAAUAUUCUGGGCAGUUUCACCUUUUUUAAUUGUUUUCGCUUAUGAUUUCAUUACAAUAAGUUUCUUGGAUAGUAUAAUUUUGGCAUUUCCUGUUAUUCGAGAUGGCAAGCUGGCAUUUAAUGGUAACACUCAGUGACCAAGUACUGCCUGCACAUGAAUCAGAUCUGACGUCAGUGGAGCCUAAUUCUUCAGCUCACGUGAAGAUGCUUAGUACGCCUUCCUCCUUUGGCCUCAAACCUCCUCCUUCUGAUCGACACAGAUCCUUCAAUGAUACUGAAUUUGCGAGCAAGUUUCAUGCCAAAAGAAAUGCGAAUCCAAUUGAUGCCCCAGUUUUUUCUUUGAUGGAUCUCCAAACGGCUACUGCAAGUUUUAGUGCCAGUCGCAUUGUUGGUGAGGGUUCAACUGGACACGUUUACAAGGCUAAGUACGCUGACGGAAAGGUACGCCCAUGCUAAAUAUGUCGGAGAAAAUCUUUCAGAAGUCUUAUCUUUUCCUUUCUUUUCAGUGUCUCCUCUGUUCAUGUUGACAAUUUUCUCUCUGGUUUAUAUCGCGUGGAAUUUUUUCCAACUUAUAUAUCUCAACAAGCAUGUUGUAGAUCUGUAAUACAUGCGAGAUUACCAUUGUCGAGUAGAGACACAGUCGUUUGCACUGUUCUGUUCUAAAUUGCCUUCAAUUGAUAUGAUAUGGAGGGCAUCUUAGCAGUUUCGCAUGGUUGAUUUUAAUAUGGCAGUGCGCUUUCUCCCUCAGCCAUUCAAAAGAGUUGGAAAAACGAAGGAUGAAAUCGCUUUCCUGAAGAACACUUAAGGCUUCAUUCUCGGUUGUGGCCGACUGAUGCUGGUGCUUCUGCCGUGUGUCUGUGUGUGUCCACUUUUCGAACACCUAAUCUAUUGAAGAAAUAGAACCGUUUCACUACUACCUUAGCUGUUACUUUUUUAGGCAAGAAUCUCAUUGUGGUGUUAAUAUCUUAAACAUUACAAGGUAAAUGCGAUGGCAUCAGUCUCCAUAUAGUAUUUCCUUGUGAUAUAUUACGACUUCUGUCCAGGCGAUGGAACAACAUAAUUUUAAUGGGCGACAUUGAAUUUUGAGUCUACAUAUUGACUUUGAGUAUAUGGUUUCCUAACUGGAAUCUGGAAAUGGCUAUUGGAAUUGUUCAUAUGCAGGAAAUCUUAGUUCGGUCACUCUUUCUUCAUAAUUAUUUUCUUAGAUCACCAUAGGCAAUUUGGCCUUCAUCAUACUUCUCUGUAUCAUUGAACUAAAGUGAAACAUUUUAGAGGUGACUCUAAUAUUCAGAUUUUUCUCGUAAGAUGUCCUAUUCUUUACUCAUGUUGCCUUUACUUUCAGGUUUUGGCUGUGAAAAGAAUAGAUUCAUCACAUCUUCGAUCAGGGAAUUCGGAAGAUUUCAAGAACCUGGUCUCGGGAAUUUGCCGACUGCACCACCCAAACAUCACGGAGCUUCUUGGUUAUUGCUGUGAAUCUGGGCAUCACCUAUUAGUUUAUGAAUUUCAAAAAAAUGGUUCUCUACACGAGUUCCUGCAUUUAUCAGAUGAGUACAGCAAACCCUUGACCUGGGAUACUCGGGUGAGGAUUGCUCUUGGAACGGCUCGAGCUGUUGAGUAAGUCGCACGACGUAUUCUACAGAAACUAAUUGAUUCAUGCCCGUUGAUUACUGAUGGUCUUUAUCUCCUUUCUUUAGAGAUCAGGGUCACCCUUAACAUUUUCUACAAGCUUUCAGGAGUUGAAAUUUUUUCACCUUAUUUUAUCAGGCAAAAUGUAAAAUAAAGGUUUCUGGUUUCGCACUUAACCGCGGAUGUGUUUCUUUCUUUAAUCUCACGACACCUUUCAAACCCCUGCAUGCGAUAUCUGCUAAUUAUCAUGUGUUAAACCUCCGUUAAAAAUCUCAUGACACCUUGUAUUUAUUUAUUUACUCGUACAUAUUUUUGACAGUCGUAUCUAUGUCAGAAUGUUGUUGUUGUUGUUGUUGUUAUUCUAUCCUUUUCAGGUUCUUGCAUGAGACUUGCUCCCCGCCAGUCAUCCACAAGAACAUAAAAUCGGCCAACAUUUUACUCAAUGCAGAGCUCAAUCCCCAUCUCACUGACUGCGGCUUGGGCGUGUUAUAUUCGGUGCAAAUUCUGCCAUUAUUAUCAAGUCAAUGAAUAUGUUUCCGGAUUUUUUCUCUAAUCCAUCCUCAUUCUUCCCACAGGAUACGAAGCGGAACUUGGGCCCUGGCUAUAGCGCUCCUGAAUGCACUAGCCCAUCUGCCUAUACUCUCAAGAGUGAUGUGUACAGCUUUGGCGUUGUCAUGCUGGAACUGCUGACGGGUCGGAUGCCCUUUGACAGGUGAUGGCAGAAUCUUCCUCUUACUUAAUUCUGAAGACUGAAGGAAAGCUACUUUGCUCACCUGACCUCACAUGAUGCGGUUCCUACCUGUUGAAACCAAUUAAUUAUUUCCUGCGCCUGAUGCAAAAGGGUCAUCCUCUUGAACCGCGGAUCGGUGGAUGCCCAGUUUUAUGGUAACGGUGUCAGAUGCCGCUAGUCUGCCUGCAAUGAGGAUUUUCUUCCAUACUUUUCUUACCCGUGCUGUCUGCUUCGUCCUUGUCUUCGAUUUGUCUUUCAGGAAUAAAUGGGUCCGAAUUUCUUUGCAGCUCAAAGUCAAGAUCGGAGCAAUCCUUGGCUUGCUGGGCUACACCGCAGCUCCACGAUAUAGAUGCACUGGCCAAGAUGGUGGACCCGGCACUUCGUGGGCUCUACCCGCCCAAGUCUCUGUCAAGGUUUGCCGAUGUGAUCGCCCUUUGUGUUCAGGUGAGAGAAAUACGCCUCAAAGAUGCAUUAGUCGUACAUCUUCCGGUGUUUGCAAAGAUGGGAUUUAGGUUAUUAUUAGGUAUUAUAGAUCCACCAGAGAUGUACCUAGUUCCUGUUCAUCAUUAAGGCUUAGAUGAUUGCAAUAUUGUGGGGGGUCAAAUUCGCGCAUGUUCUUGGGAGCAGUGACUACAUCUUCCUCGUUCUUGUGCCAGUCGGAGCCGGAAUUCAGGCCCCCCAUGUCCGAAGUCGUGCAGGCGCUUCUCCGCUGCGAGCAGCGCACGAGUUUGAACAGAAGGGGCGGGGGGGACCUCGGAGCUUCUCGCCGGAGCGAUGAUUCGGAUUACCAUUAUUGA